GAACACACUCAAGCCUUGGAACCUGAAUGGGCCGCCCUCCAGAAACAAAACCAAGAAGAUGUCUAUGUUAGUAUAGACUGCUCGCAAGACGCAAAGCUGUGCCAAAAGUACAAUGUCCGAUCAUGUCCGACGAUCCGACUCUACAAACAAGAUGGCUCUUACACUUCCUAUCGUGGUCCGCGAAAAACUCAGCCUAUCAAGUCAUUUGUACAGAGACAGAGUCGCCCCGUCGUCUCUUAUGUGAACGACCAGUCCAUGCCAUCAUUUCAGACAUCUGACGAUAUCACAUUCAUUGGGCACUUUGGGCCUAGUGAGAAACAAAUCAAGGAGGAUUUCACGAAGCUGGCAAAACAGUAUCAUGAUCGAUUUUCCUUUGCCAUUGCCGACUACACUCUCCCGAAGGUACUUGUUGAGUGUUUCAACAAUGUCGACGAAACAAGUCUGUCGGCCACCAGCAACGACGUGGCCAGCCCUGGGGCGCUCCAAGACUUCAUCUUCAGUUGCUCGACACCACUGAUCCCUGAAAUGACCCGAAGAAACGAAAUGGACUUCUUUCAGUCAGGGAAAAGUAUCGUUUACUUCUUCGCCCAUUCUCAGCAGAAAAAGGACGCAUUUGUCUCCGAUAUUCGACCAUUGGCCAAGAAAUACGACGAGUAUCUUCACUUUGUUACCAUUGACGCAAAAGAGUACGCCGACGCAGCCAAAUUGAUGGGCCUGAAAGAGGGUGGGACAGGUUUGUCGGUGCAGAAUCCCAACAACGGAGACGUCUUUCCUUAUGCUAGAAAGGAGGCCAUUUCGGCGGCUGUAGUGGAGGCAUUUCUGGUGGACAUUAUCCAAGGGAAGGUGAAGCCUUGGAGAGGAGAGGAGCUACACCAGCAGGGGCAUGAUGAGCUUUAG